GGUAAGCCCAAACAAUUUCUAAGCCCAAUAAAACUCCUAUUUAAUAGUUAGGGAUUUCCUCUCUCUUCCUUUUUUCAUUACAAGCCGCAGAUCAAUCAGCAGUAACGCCCCCCUUGAAUAGCCAUGGGGAGAAGACCUGCAAGAUGUUACCGCCAGAUCAAGAACAAGCCUUACCCAAAAUCACGGUUUUGCCGUGGUGUUCCUGAUCCAAAGAUCAGGAUCUAUGAUGUGGGCAUGAAGAAAAAGGGAGUCGAUGAGUUCCCUUUCUGUGUACACUUGGUCAGUUGGGAGAAGGAGAAUGUCUCAAGUGAGGCACUUGAAGCUGCCCGUAUUGCUUGCAACAAGUACAUGACCAAGUCUGCUGGGAAGGAUGCUUUCCACCUCAGGGUCAGGGUUCAUCCCUUCCACGUUUUGCGAAUUAACAAGAUGCUUUCAUGUGCUGGAGCUGAUAGACUCCAAACUGGUAUGCGGGGAGCUUUUGGUAAGCCCCAGGGUGUUUGUGCUCGUGUUGCAAUCGGUCAGGUCCUGCUCUCUGUUCGCUGCAAAGAUGGAAACAGUAACCAUGCCCAAGAGGCUCUUCGUCGUGCCAAGUUUAAGUUCCCUGGCCGUCAAAAGAUCAUUGUCAGCAGAAAGUGGGGGUUCACCAAGUUCAGCCGUACUGAUUAUCUGAAAUACAAGUCAGAGAACCGUAUCGUCCAAGAUGGUGUCAAUGCAAAGCUUCUUGGCUGCCAUGGUCGACUUGCUGCACGUCAACCUGGAAGGGCGUUUCUUACAGCUGCUUAGGGAUUGAAGUUGCAUAAUCCUACAAAUAGCAUAUUUAGUUUUCUACCGUUGUUGAAUGAAAAUUUGUGACGUGGAACUUGUGUCUUUGCAUGAACAAUUUUAUCUAAUUAUAUUCCGUCUUUUAACUUCCUCUUA